AUGGGGAAACCCUCCAUCUGGGCUGACCCAGGCCCCCGGGUACCCAAGGGGGGCUCAGUGACCAUCUGGUGCCAGGGACCCCUGGAGGCAUUCAAGUUUCGUCUCAGUCAGGCCUACAUCUCCCUCCGAAAUAUGAACGUGCACAGGGCAGGGAACUAUCAAUGCUCGUACAGCAGCACCCACCACCCCGAACAGCUCAGCAACAACCUGACUCUGGUGCUGACUGGACUUUUCCCCGCACCCUUGCUCAAGGCCUACCCGAGCACUGUCGUGGCAUCAGGAUGGAAUGUGUCCCUGUCCUGCAGCAAAAGCUACUGGAACAUGACGGGGACCUUCCACCUGCUGAAGGAGGGAGACACUGAGCCUCGACACCUGAAGCCCCGAUAUUCUCAGGAGAGGUGGCAGGCGAGCUCCACCUGGGCUCCGUUACAGGAUGCUUCCCCGUCCCCAGGUGUGUUCAACCCUCCAUCCCUAUCGGCACAGCCCGGCCCCCUAGUGCAGUCUGGGGACAAUGUGACCCUGCAGUGCAGCUCUGAGAAGUUCAGCAUCUUUGCUCUGACCAAGGGUGACUCACCCCCGCACAUUCUUCAUGGGCAGCCAAGCCCCGACUUCCCCUUGGGCCCUGUGAGCAUCUUCCAUGGGGACCGGUACCGCUGCUUUGGGGGACAUGACCUCAAACUCCUGUGGUCAGAGCCCAGUGCCCCCCUGGACAUCCUCGUGGCAGGGACAGAGACUGGCAGCAUCCCUGAGCUCCAGGCACUGCCUGAGCCGCAUGUGCUUGCGGGAAGGGACAUCAUGCUGCUGUGUUGCUCGGCUGACAGUGCAGACACCUUCUACCUGGCCCAGGAUGGCUCAGCCGCCAAACCCCUGCAGUACCUCCUGCUUCACCCAGCCGCCCCCUCUCAGGCCAACUUCACCCUCCGGAUCACCCAGGAUGGCACCUACAGGUGCUACAGUUCCAACAGCUCGGCUCCCCACCUGCUGUCCCCACCUAGCCAACCCCUGCGACUCCAGGUCUCAGGUAAACUGGACUCCCUAACACUGCUCCCUGGACUACCUGGUGCCCUGCUCGGCCUCCUCUUCCUUCUCCUCCUCCUCUUUCUCUUCUUUUGCCACCGCCGCUGCCGCCACCAGGCUGGACAACAGAAGUCAAACACCGCAGCCACCCACACACAGUCUGAGGAAGGAGCUCGACUGAACCCCCAGGUGGAUAUAAACAAUGAAGAAUCCCAGGGAGUGACGGAUGCCCAGGUGAACCUUGCGAGGCCCAGGCAGCAAGCUGCACCCAAAGACCCUCAGGAUGUGAUCUAUGCCCAGUUGAACCACCUUGAGCUCAGGAGGGAGCCAGCAGUCGCUUCCUCACCAGAAGAGCUUCCCGAAAACCACAGUGUUUAUACAUCUCCGGCCAUUCAUUAG